AUGUUAAAGAAGUUAUUGUUCCAACAAAAUGUUAAUUCUUCAUUUUUCAACUCAAACCAAUUAAAUCCAAAAGAAGAAUUACCCUCAACAAUUAAUAUAAACAAUUCUUCUAUUCAAAAUCCUUCUCCUUCAAAAAUUCAAUUUAAAUGUCAACAAGAAUCUCAACAACAACAACACCCCCAAAAACCCCCUCCUCCUCCUCCAUUACCUCAGAAACCUUUAUUAAACUUUCCUCCUUCCCCGUCUACAUCUAGUCAACCAGCUUCUAUAUUAUGUACAAAAUCAGCACUUCGAAUGCCUUCAAAACAUUUAAUUGGGAGAAAUAUUAAAAAUAAUAUUGUAAAUAAUGUUAAACAAGAGGAAAUUGAAGUAAAAGAUGUCUUAACUACAGAAAAAUUUAAUGAACAAUUACAAAAUGAUAAAAUAAAUAAUAUCAAUAUUCAAUCUAGUCCUCUACUAAAUAACCAAGAAUUCGAACAAAACAAUAAAAUAAAAAAUCAAGAGAAUACAGAAAAUAAUGAAGAAGGAAAAUUAAAUACAAAAAAUUUGGAGAGAAAACUUGCUGAAGAAAAUGAAGAAGACAUUCAACUAAGUAUCGCUAAAAGUAAUGAAAGUUCGGAAAAAAUUCAAGAAUUUGAAAAGUUAAAAUCAACACAACAACAACAAGAGGAAAUUACCAAAAAAGAAAAUUCUGAAAUAAUGCCACCACAAACAAAUAAACAAUCUUUAUCAAAACAGGGGCCUUCAAAUAAUAAAAGAAUUACUAACAAUACUUCCUCAUUAAUAACCCCUUCUUCGUCCACAAGAAAAUAUUCUUCUUCUUUACAACAAAAAUCACCUUCAAAUAAAUUAAAUAAUUCAACAAUUCCUUGCCCCACACAAAUGUCUUCUAGCAAUACUUCCACAAUUUUAUCCCCACCAGAUUCUGCAGAAUUGAAUAUUAGCCAAUGCUCUAAUAUUUCCACAGAAAAUAAUAAAACAAAACAAAGGAAACAGGUAAUUUAGAUUACCUGUUUUUCAAUGCCAACAAGCGCAACACAAUCUAUGGUAGCCAGUACAUCAACCGCCUCUGCCUCUU